AUGUUCGCUCACGAUGAAGAAGCUGAUGCUCUGCUUGAGGAGUUUGAACUGAGAGAGGAGGUCAAGGUGCAUGAUCGAACCCCGCCUUCGCUAUGUUGCACGUGCGGUUGGAGAUGUUUAGCAGCUCUUAUCGUGGUCGCACUAUUAUCGGCAAUCGGGGUUGUAGUGGUAUCAUUUCAGGGUUCGUUAAGCAACCGGUUGACCGAUGAUGCUACCGGCUAUCUUGGGUACCGACUCCAUCCUGAAGAUCACGCAAGACGCCCCCCAACAACACUCACGUUGAACUGGACUAUCACAACUGGGACUAGAUCACCGGAUGGAGUAGAAAAGAGAGUAUAUCUUGUCAAUGAUGAGUUUCCAGGACCCCUCAUUGAGGCCCGAUCUGGCGACCGACUUGUGAUUCAUGUUGACAACGGCCUUCAGGAUGAAGGCUUGUCUCUUCAUUGGCACGGCCUGCAUAUGAAAGACCAGAACAGUAUGGAUGGUGCUGUUGGGUUUACACAAUGCCCUAUCGCUCCCAGCAGAAGUUUCACCUACAACUUCACCAUUGGCGCUGAAGAACGUGGGACCUUCUGGUGGCAUUCGCAUUCCGAUGUUCAACGUGCCGACGGCUUAUGGGGAGGUCUGGUCGUCCACUCGCCAGACGAGGUUGAAGUACCACCAGAAGAUUACUUGCUCAUGAUCGGCGAUUGGUUCCACCGAAACCAAACGGAAGUGCUAGGCUGGUAUGCUGAUGCAAGUAGCCGAGGGAAUGAACCGGUCCCAGAUUCGUUGCUGGUCAAUGGACAAGGACGCUUCAACUGCUCCAUGGCUGUUCCUGCGCGACCAGUGUCUUGCUCCCAGGUCCAGUUGAAUGACCUCAAGCCCCUCAUGAUUUCAGGGAGCCAGAAGAAGGCCAGACUUAGAAUUGUCAACACAGGCUCAGUCGCAGGCCUUUCCUUGAAUGUUGGUGGGGCAAUCACUAGACCAGUUCGCGUGGAUGGAGGCUUCGCUGUCAAAGCUAAAGCUACUGAAACAGUCGGUGUUCUCUAUCCUGGUGAGAGAGUUGACCUCGAGGUUGAGUGGAAGGGGGAUCACGCGAGAGAGCAUUGGCUUACCAUUUACCUGGAUGACGAGAACUUUGGCUAUCCCAACCCAGCACUGAACCCAACUCAAAGCUUCCCUAUGUUCACUUCAAGCACAAAGGGAUCAUUCAAUGAACCUGUUCCUCAAUCGUUGGAACAAGAGGAGAUCCAGGCCCUUGACUCGCAGAAUCUCAAAGCUGCAACCAGGGUAUCGGAUCUCCCAGCAAAGGCAGAACAGACUAUUCUUCUUUACGCCAAGGUUGAGAAGCUGGCGCACUUGGACUAUGCACCAGUCGGAUUCAUCAACCAUACAUCCUGGACGCCACAAUCUCCACCUCUACUGGCUCAAAAUCGGACCUCAUGGGACGGGAACCAACUCAUCCCAUUUAUCGAAAUAUCGAGCAGCAAGCCGAAAAGAGUCGAUAUUAUCAUCAACAACUUAGACGAUGAAAUCCAGGUCGCGGGAGCUGGGGCAGUUACAAUCCGUACACAGACGAGGCGCCACCAAACGGCUUGA